AUGGAUAAAAGUUGGAUGAAUGCUUCUCGAAUUAGUCAAGAAUACGAUGAUGGAGUUAAAAAUUUUAUUAACUUUGCAAAGAAUAACCUUCCGGGUAGUAAUGAAAGGCUCCUUUGUCCUUGUAAGAAGUGUUGUAAUCAGAAAAGGUUAUGUGUGAAAGACGUAUAUGAUGAUCUAAUCUGUCAUGGGAUUAAUCCAUCUUAUACAAAAUGGAUAUGGCAUGGUGAAAACAAUGUGGCUACAACAUCUAACAUGUAUGUUUACAACGAAGCAAAUGAAGAUGAUGAGUCUGAAGAUCAAUUAGAUGAAAUGUUUCGCGAUGAUGGAGAGGAGUUCACCGAUCGGUCAAACGAGUUGGAUGAAUUAUUGAAGGAUUCAAAAUUACCUUUAUGGCCGGGUUGUAGUAAAUAUACCCGAUUAUCUGCUGUAUUAAAAUUAUUCAACUUGAAAGCUGGGAAUGGGUGGAGUGACAAGAGCUUUACUGCGUUACUUGAGAUAUUAAAGGAAAUGCUUCCAGAUGAUAAUGAACUUCCGAAGAGUACAUAUGAUGCCAAGAAGAUUUUGUGUCCCAUGGGUAUGGGAUAUAAAAAGAUACAUGUUUGCCCUAACGAUUGCAUAUUGUUUAGGAAUGAUUACAAAGAUUUGCAUGCAUGUCCAAUAUGUGGGGCAUCUCGUUUCAAAACAAGAGAGAAUGUUGCUGGGAAAGUAAGUUUGAAAAGUCCACCAGCUAAAGUUAUGUGGUAUCUUCCAAUUCUCUCAAGAUUUAAGCGUAUGUUUGCUAAUCCAAGCGACGCGAAAAACUUAACAUGGCAUGCAGAUCAAAAAAUUUCUGAUGGCAAGCUUCGACACCCGGCUGAUUCUCGUCAAUGGACAACAUUUGAUAAUGCAUUUCCUGAAUUUGGUCACGAGCCGAGAAAUCUUAGGCUUGGACUUUGUACUGAUGGAAAUGAUAUAGAUGUCUUUUUGGCGCCUUUGAUUGAAGACUUGAAAAGUUUGUGGGAUGAAGCUUAUGGAAACCUAUCUGGAUAUAGUCUCAAAGGACAUAUGGCAUGCCCCAUAUGCGAAGAUAAUAUAUGUUAUCAUCAACUUGUUCAUGGCAGAAAGACAGUCUACAUGGGGCAUCGAAGAUUUCUAGAUAAAUUUCACCCUUAUCGAAGAUUAAAAAAAGCUUUCAAAGGGGUACAAGACUAUACAGAUGCUCUACAACCAUUAACUGGGAUUCAAGUUUAUGAACGCGUAGAGUGUAUCAAUGUUACUUUUGCUCCACGCAGUGGUGAUAAGAAGACAUAUUUGCCUCCAGCUGCUCAUACUUUGUCAAGAAAGGAGAAAAUCAGUUUUUGUGAAUGUUUACGUGGGGUGAAGGUAUCACAAUGGUACUCAUCAAAUAUCAGUAGACUUGUUAAUAUCCAAGAUUUAAAAUUGGUGGGAUUGAAGUCUCAUGAUUGCCAUGCCUUAAUGCAACAACUAUUGCCAGUGGCUGUUAGAGGCAUAUUGCCUAAAAAGUUGAGAUAUACCGUCAUCAGACUUUGUUUCUUUUUCAAUGCAAUUUGUGCGAAAGUCAUUGAUCUAGACAAAUUAGAUGAAUUACAGAAUGGCAUUAUAGUUACACUGUGUCAGCUAGAGAUGCAUUUUCCACCUGCGUUUUUUGAUAUCAUGGUUCAUUUGCUUGUACAUUUGGUGAGAGAGAUCAGAGAGUGUGGUCCAGCUUAUUUGAGGUGGAUGUACCCAUUUGAAAGGUACAGGAAAGUCUUAAAAGGUUAUGUGAGGAACCGAUAUAGGCCAGAAGCAUCUAUUGUUGAAAGUUAUAUUGUUGAAGAGGUUAUUGAGUUCUGUACUGAAUAUUUGGCAGGGGUAAAGGCAAUUGGUGUUCCAAAGUAUCGACAUGAAGGAAGAAUUGAUGGAAAGGGUCAUCGACAUCCCAAAAUGCAUAUUAUGUCUCGUGAAGAUGUUCCAAUGGAUACUAAGGAGAAUGUUUGGGAAGAAAUUCUGAGUACUUACGAUAUUCCCAACACAGAUGAUAUGAAGAAGCAUUGGAUACAAUAUGCGGCGUUUUGUGUAUCCAUCCUUGGAUUGGCUUCCAGGAUUGGGAGAUUUUCUUCAAGUGGAUUACCUAUCCGUGAUGAACUUGUCCUCAUGAACUCCUCCAUCAUGGCUAGCAUCAUGGCUCCUAAUUUCAGCUUUCAACGUGUUGGAGUUGCAGGUGAUGAAGGUGGUGGAAUAGGAGUCUGGUUUUCUGAAGGUGGGGCAUCAUUGGAGAUUGAGAUAUUCAGAGAUAGGGUUGGCGAAGAAUGA